AUGAGGUCUUUCGCUCCUCUAGUACUGAGCCUUCUCGGAGCUACCGCGGCAGUUCAUGCCGCUGAGCCCGAAGUUGCUGAUGCCGAUGCCAAUGUUGUCACAUUGACAACCGACACCUUCAAUGACUUCGUCAAGGAGCACCCUCUGGUUCUUGCUGAGUUCUACGCGCCUUGGUGCGGUCACUGCAAGGCCCUUGCUCCCAAGUACGAGGAAGCUGCUACCGAGCUGAAGGCUAAGGAUAUCCCCGUGGCCAAGGUUGACUGCACCGUUGAGGAGGAGCUCUGCCGCACCUACGAGGUUGAUGGCUACCCUACCCUCAAGGUCUUCCGUGGCCCUGAUUCCCACAAGCCUUACGCUGGCGCCCGCAAGACUGACGCCAUUGUCUCAUACAUGACCAAGCAGUCCAUGCCCGCCGUCUCCACCGUGACCGAGGAGAACCUGGAGGAAUUCAAGGCCCUUGACAAGAUCGUUGUCAUUGGCUACGUUGCCUCCGACGACAAGACCUCCCACGAGAGCUUCAGCUCUUUCGCUGAAACCCAGCGUGACAACUUCCUCUUCGGUUCCUCCGACGACGCUGCUCUUGCCAAGGCUGAGGGCGUCAAGCAGCCCUCCAUCGUUCUCUACAAGGACUUUGACGAGAAGAAGGCCGUUUACGAUGGCAAGCUCGAGGACGAGGCCAUCCUUAACUGGGUCAAGACCGCCAGCACCCCUCUUGUUGGCGAGCUCGGUCCCGAGACCUACUCCAAGUACAUGGCCGCCGGCAUUCCCCUCGCCUACAUCUUCGCCGAGACCGCCGAAGAGCGUGAGCAGUUCGCCGCUGACUUCCGCCCCAUCGCUGAGAAGCACCGCGGAGAGAUCAACAUUGUCACCCUUGACGCUAAGCUUUUCGGUGCCCACGCCGGUAACCUCAACCUCGAGCCCGAGAACUUCCCCGCCUUCGCCAUCCAGGACGUCACCAAGAACGCCAAGUACCCCUUCGAGCAGACCAAGAAGAUUGACGCCAAGGAGAUUGGCAAGUUCAUCAAGAACGUUCUCGCUGGCAAGGUUGAGGCCAGCGUCAAGUCCGAGCCCAUUCCUGAGACCCAGGAGGGUGUCACCGUCAUUGUUGGCCGUAGCUUCCAGGACGUUGUCAUUGACAACGAGAAGGAUGUUCUGGUUGAGUACUACGCUCCCUGGUGUGGACACUGCAAGUCUCUCGCUCCCAAGUACGAGGAACUUGCCGCUCUCUACGCCGACGCCGAGCUGAGCGAGAAGGUUACCGUUGCCAAGAUCGACGCCACUGCCAACGAUGUGCCCGACUCCAUCACUGGCUUCCCCACCAUCAAGAUCUACCCCGCUGGUGCCAAGGACUCUCCCAUUGAGUACGCUGGUGACCGCACCGUUGAGGAUCUUGCCAACUUCAUCAAGGAGAACGGCAAGCACCAGGUUGAUGGUCUUGUCGAGGGCGCCAAGGCCGAGGAGAGCGAUGCUACUUCCUCCGCUGCCCCCAAGGCCACUGAGGCCGUUGAGGAGGAGGGCCACGACGAGCUAAAUCCACUAUUACGGUAUGACCUGUCAAUUAAGGCGGAGCCAUUUGGCCGAUCGUUCGCGGAUCCGACGCGUUGCGACGCGUUGAAUGUCUUUUCGCGGAGCCUCAUCUCUGGGGCAAUUUGUGGCCAAUUCCAACCCUCAUUUUCCACACCUUCCGAACACCAAACAGAAGACGAAAAGACUCAAUUCAUCAUGGUCAGCCCUGGUGUCAAGCGCAAAUCGGAGAAUCUCCCCGUACCGGAUUCGAAGAAGCCCAAAGGUGGCAGCAUCACCGCAUUCUUUGGAGCUCCCAAACCCAAGCCCGCGAACGCAGCGUCAGGCUCAGUCGCACCGCCGCGGCCAAGCAAUUUCAACAAGGAGAAAUGGGUGGCUUCGUUGACCCCGGAACAAAAGGAGUUGCUGCAAUUGGAAAUCAACACUCUGGACGAGAGCUGGCUUGCCCACCUGAAGGAUGAAGUCGUCAGCACCGAGUUCUUGAACCUGAAACGAUUCUUGAAGAAAGAAAAAGAUUCUGGUGCCAAGGUCUUCCCACCCGAGGAAGACGUCUACUCUUGGUCCCGACACACACCCUUGCACAGCGUGAAGGUAGUUAUUAUUGGUCAGGAUCCCUACCACAACCACAACCAAGCCCAUGGCCUUUGCUUCUCUGUCCGAGCCCCCGUGCGGGCCCCGCCGUCGCUGCUCAAUAUCUACAAGGGUAUCAAGGUCGAUUAUCCCGAGUUUGAAUCACCGCCCGACAAGGGUGGCCUCUUGAUUCCUUGGGCUGAGCGCGGUAUUCUCAUGUUGAACACAUGUCUUACUGUCCGUGCACACCAGGCAAACAGCCAUUCGAACAAAGGUUGGGAGAAAUUCACACAAAAGGUCAUUGAUCUCGUUGCGCGAGUCCGAACCAACGGUGUCGUUUUUCUUGCUUGGGGCCGACCUGCUGGAACGCGAGUCGCGAAAAUCAGCAAGGAAAAGCAUUGUAUUCUGCAAUCCGUGCAUCCCAGCCCUCUGAGUGCGCACCAUGGAUUCUUCCAAAAUGGGCACUUCAAGAAGUGUAACAACUGGCUUGCUUCGAGGUAUGGGCCAGACGAAAUCAUUGAUUGGAGUUUAGUGCCAAGUAAGAAGGCCGCUUGUAUCUCCGACAAGGAGAAUCUGAAUUCUCCUCCCAACCAGGCGCCUGUUGAACCUGAAAGUGCCAAGGUCGAGGUUAAGUCGAAACCUCCAGUGGAUGAGUUCGACGAUGAGGAUGCUAUCCAGGCUCUUGUGGAGGCUGAGGCUUGUUCAAGCCCUGUCUAG